AUAAAAGCACUAGCAAAUGCCGGCUAUGGCACAGUUUGAAUUGCGAGCGAGAGCGAGCAGGAAAUCAUCAAUAAAGAAGAUCAGCAGAGAACAACAAAUUUCCACACCAUUAUGUUGGACUUUUACUACAUGCUAUACUCGGCACCCUGCCGUUCCAUUCUUAUGACUGCCAAGGCAUUGGGUGUGGAGCUGAACAAAAAGAAGGUUGACCUUGACGCUGGCGAGCAUCUGAAGCCGGAAUUUCUCAAGAUCAAUCCGCUACACACGAUUCCAACACUCGUGGAUGGUGACUUUGCCGUGUGGGAGUCGAGGGCCAUACUCAUUUACUUGGUGGAGAAGUACGGCAAGGACGAUUCGCUGUACCCCAAGGAUCCCCAGCAAAAGGCUGUGGUCAAUCAGCGCCUCUUCUUCGAUUUGGGCAUACUCUACCAGAGCUAUAUGGACUACUAUUAUCCGCAAUUGUUUGACGAAGUCAAGAAGCCGGCAAAUCCCGAAAACUUCAAGAAGAUCGAUGUGGCCUUUGGGCAGCUCAACACCUUAUUGGAGGGGCAGCAGUAUGCGGCAGCGAACAAGCUGACAAUCGCUGAUGUUGCACUCCUGGCAACCGUUUCCACGUUCGAGAUUACGGAAUAUGAUUUCAAAAAGUUCUCGAAUGUGGUCCGCUGGUACGAGAAUGCCAAGAAGGUCAUCCCCGGCUGGAAGGAGAACUGGGAGGGUUGUGUGUACUACAAAGAUUUGUAUUUGUCGGAUUUGUUGAAGAAAACUGUUGUGAAAUUGUCAAAGGUACACAACCUCAAACAAUUUCUAGGAGCUGGGAACUUUUUCCAUCACACAGAAAUGGAUUUAUACUACAAACCCGGAUCUGCGCCCUGCCGUUCAGUUCUUAUGACCGCCAAGGCCCUUGGCGUGGAAUUCGAUAAGAAGAUUUUUCUCAACACCCGUGGCGGGGAUCAGUUCAAGCCGGAAUAUCUGAAGAUCAAUCCACAGCACACGAUACCGACACUGAAUGACAAUGGCUUUGCCCUGUGGGAGUCGCGUGCCAUUAUGGUGUAUCUCGUGGAGAAGCACGGACAGCAUGACAAGCUCUUUCCCAAGGACACACAGAAACAGGCACUGAUCAAUCAGCGUCUGUACUUCGAUAUGGGAACGCUCUACAAGAGUUUAGCCGACUACUAUUACCCGCAGAUCUUCCUGAAGCAGGCGCCCAAUGCGGAGUCCUACAAGAAAAUCGAAUCUGCCUUCGAGAUCUUCAACGCGCUCCUCGAGGGACAAACCUAUGCAGCUGGCGACUACAGCCUGGCUGAUAUUGCGCUCUUGGCCACUGUGUCCACCUUCGAGGUGGCCAAGUUCGACAUCAAGAAGUACGCCAAUGUGAACAAGUGGUACGAGAACGCCAAGAAGGUCACCCCCGGCUGGGAUGAGAACUGGGCCGGCUGCCUGGAGUUCAAGAAAUACUUUGAAUAAGUUAAACCUAAACACCUGCCUGAUAUUCGAGUUUUUACACUACACAUAAAUAUAUUUCAUCUAAUAUUUAUUCACGUUACAAAACAAUUCCAAAUUGGAGUGUGUCCAUUUGCAAAUUGAAAAUAAUUUAUUCGCAU